CCCUCGCCACCACCAGCAGCCGACUCACCCCAGCCCGCACCCCACACAUAUCACACAGCACACUAGUCUCACGAAAUAUGUUUUGGAUCUUGAAGCGCAGCCGGUUGACGGGCUCGUCCUUCCUCAACGUCCUCAACAACAACUCCAACGGCAACCAGUCCAACAGCAGCAUCAAAUCGCAGGGUAACAGCAGCAAGCGGGGCUACGGUCGAUUACCGCACGAGGACCCCGAUGACAAUCACAACACACAAAAGGCGACCGCGUCACAGAACUCGAGCGCGGCCAACUCGACCGCCACGACUCCGUCCGAGGCGCCGCCGGUCAACCACCUGGCGCACGACCUCUUCGACUUUGAGCUCACUGACGAGUUCUCCGACGACUCCGAGUACGACGAGGCGCUGACCUGCAACGUUUGCGACAGAGCCUUCAGCACGUCCAGGUUACUCCAGCAACAUCAGCAGAAAAAGAGGCAUUUUGGAUGCUCGGCUUGUGAUAGCCUGUUUCCCACCCUGAUGGCCCUCGAGCACCACAAGGAGGAGUUCGAGCACUGGAGUUCCGCCGACGACUUCCUUUCCGGCGACUCGGAGACAGAAGAGGAUUGCGCCGACCUCGAGCCGUCCGAGGAGGAGGAGCGCGAGCGCCUGUUGCUCUAAUUGAGUCGCCCAAAGGCUAUGCUGACUGUGUCAUAUCACGCCGGUCGAGGUCAAAGAGCGAGCUGCUCAUUUAUUUUCUUUCUUCUCUCUCCCCAUCUCAAUUUUUCAUCCCUCUUGCAAAUUUUUUUGUAUAUGCCCAAAAAGGUUCCGGGAAUUUGAGCAAGGAAACUUUUCCGUGCGUUUAAUUCCUUGGAGAGUUGAAGCUUAUUUGCGAAGCAGGAAAAGUUUUGUAAGAAUUACACGUAUUUGACAAGUUUAGACUUGCAGGUUGACUUUUUAUCUAAUAAAUAAAAAUAAAAAAAUGUUUCCGUCUCUAAAGGUAAAGGGGUUUGAAUUUUUCAAGCAAAUGGAAAAGUUUUUCUACAGUUUUUUUUUUUUUUUUUAUGAUAAAUUUCGCAAACCACUCAGCAAAGAACAUUUUACUUUGUUAAUAUUUUUAAAAUUUCGUUAACAAUUUUCGCUGGAUAAAAUUCAUGACGGGACAUUAUAUGCCAUGAUUUUCAAACAAAUAACUGUCGACUUGACCGCUUUGAUGAAGGUGGUAUGAAAAAUAAUUGUUAACUUCCUACCUUUAAUUUAGUUCAGCUCUACAAAUCCUUGAAAAAAAUAUUUAUUAAAUCGCAAAUAAUAACACUGAAUAAAUAAUUUUGUGGACAAAAUUAUGAAUUAUUUGCAAUAUUAGAAUAUCGAAGAAACUAAGAAGAUUUCUGCAUUUUUUAGGCAGGGAAGUAAAUUUGAUCAAAAUCUUUACCUGAACAUUUAAUAAAUUAUUUUUCAUGUUAAAAAAAAUCAUGAGCUCAAAACUUUCCAAAGUUGGUGGCUUUAAAGUUCAGAUAAUCAUCAACCUGAAAAGUUUUAUUCUAGGUAUAAAAUGGAAAGGUUAAAAGUUGACGUUUGAGAAUUCAAAAUUAUAAAAAUAGAAAAUUAAAAAUGAAAAUUUCUUAAGGUUUGCGUGUGUGUAACGCCAAUUGAGAAAAACUUUUGAACCCGUUUUCUUUAUUUAAACUUUCCGAGAAGUCCAAUAUUGAUCUACCAAUUAACAAUCUAGAUCCAUCCCGAAAAGUUUGCAAGUCGUCCCAACUUUUAAGCAGCUCCUCUUGGCACCCUCUCCUGGAACAAAAUCCGAAUCACAUAAUUUACGAGGGACGAGAAAGAUUUUGUAUAAUGUACAUUAAACUUUGAAUUGGAUUAAUAUUUUCCUGAUGUAUAAUGAACUCGGAGGGAUUCAGCCUGUCGUGCACGUUUGCAAUUGCGUCGCAGAUGGAAAUUGAAUUUGCAACCACGCGUCGGCCUUGGUUGCGCUCAAAGCCUGGGGAAAUAAUGAGGGAAGCGAAACACAAUAUAUGUGUUCUGCGAAUUCAAUUCCCCAUUUGCCAUCCGUCUCAUAUUUCGCGGGUUCAAUUAUAAUUGGGCCUUCAAUUUGAAAUCAUGUCGGCGACAGACAAACACUGAUGAGACAAAGGACGUCAGUUUGCUGAAUCUCUCUGUGUGCUGCAUUUUGCGUAUAAGAGUGAGAUGUUAAGUGCGAGGUUGACGGUUGUUGACACCAAUGUGUAAAUUUAAUUAUCCGUUUGACAGAAGAGUAAAAAACGCUAUUUUGGCUAUAUUCGAGCAAGAAGUGUGUGUAUAAAGGGAGUCUGUAGAGAGAUGAAGAAUAUCGACAUAGUCACUUUUUCGGAACAUAUUAUCAAUGCCAGGGUCUGCAGAAUUUAAUAUAUGUCCCUAAUCAGCUUACAUUGUAUAAUCAAAAUGAAAUUCUUUUUCAUUUUCAAGAGUUUGAUCGCCAUGAAUAUCAAAAACAGAGGAAAAUAAUUUUCUAAAUUUGUACACAGUCUGUAGAAUACUCAAAAGAGUUUGAUCAACGCACAUUUUAUUUCAAUUUUUAACUCUUUUCUUCCGGGCCGGACCUGAAGUAUAUGGAGUAUGUAUUUUUAAUUGUUGCUCACUUUGAAUCUGUUGGUUAUUUUUGGAUUCAAUUAAUCAUGCACAAGUUUAAAUAUUUAGCGGAUCGUGGAGUUAUAGCAAAAAUAAUAAUGGGUCCCAAUGUUCCCUUUCCUGUACCUGAGUGUCGGUAGCAGGAAAUUUAUAAUUAGUUGCAAUUAUGACUUUUACUUUCAAAAUGGGUAUAAUGUACUGUUUUAAUAGACUAUCAGAUUAAUUAAUUAUUAAAUUAUAUUAUAUUGUAAUUUGUAUUUUAAUCACUGGUUGUUUGUUAAUAAAACCUCUCAGUGUA